AUGUCUGGGACUAACUUGCAGAGCACGACAGAAGUCAAGGCCUACGUAGGAUCGGCGGCGGCGGCAAUGGGGGCCUACACCAGGGUCAAACAACAUUUGAAGCAGGCCAAUCCGUCGACGGAGAAUGAUGAUCUUCUCGCCCAAGAGACGUUUCAUUACACCUUUACCAGCCAACAGGACGUUGUGCCCAACUUCUUUCUCGGGGCCAUUCUCGAGAAACCCUGCGAUAGUGACGAUCUCAGGAGGGCAAGAAGACCAGUGGUCAUGCUAGAGGCACUCCUGAUCACUUAUUUGGGUCUCUGCCCCCAGGGCAUUAACACUCAAUACUGCCCUGCCUUGGUGUGCAAAUUUAACGCCGUGCUCCGAGAGGGCCUCGAGCUGCCGAACUUGGCAGAUGUCACAUUGAACCGUUCAUGGCCGCUAUGGAACCAGUCAGGCGGUCGGAAAAAGUGCGGCAAUUGCCAUGGUAAUCACCGUGACAAGGACAGGUGCAAAGCCUGCAAGCACUUUCUUGCAACACAAGGCUAUGAACGCCCGAUCGUACCAUGUGAGGAGAGAUCCUGUUGUGUUAAGGACUGCACAGGCUCUACCAACCCACAAUGGUACUACCUUGAUCUGAGCCUUAUGGACCAGACCAAAGUGCGCUGCCACCGUUGUUACGUCUGGUGGAGGAAACAUGGAUGUGACCGCACACGGUUCAACCCCGGCCAGGAGUCUAACGAGACCUUUGUCUGCUCCACGUGCCAAGAGUCCGUCCAAGAUGGCUUCAUGAAGCGCUGCAAAGUUGACGUGCUGCGUCCCUGGACAGAUGAGAACAACCGGUGUCUCCCCCGUCACCUGAACCUCCAUCCUAUCAAGGUUUCGCCCAUGAGAAAUGACGAGAAUGGCAACACUCUUCCCGCCGAAUGCGUUAAAUGUGACAGAAAGCUCGCAGCAGACUCACGGAACUUUCGCCGAAUUGACAGUAGCCAGCCUUGGUCAGCAUCGAACUUACAAUGCAUCACACGUUAUGCAAGAUCAAAUGUCAAGAAGAAGUUCGGCGAGAAGCCGGAAAACACCAAUGCACCAAUCAAGAAGGACAAGGAUGGAAAUGUGCUUCCAUGUACAAUUUACAUAUGUUACGGAAAUUAA